GUAAGCACUGGUGGGCAAGUGGUGGCUUGGCGGUUAAGGCUCUGGGUUACUGCUCAGAAGGUUGGGGGUUCAAGCCCCAGCACUGCCAAGCUGCCCCUGUUGGGCCCUUGAGCAAGGCCCUUAACCCUCUCUGCUCAUGGUCAGCCAUGAUACAGCACCCCUGGAGCAGAGAGGGUUUGAACCGCUAACCUUCCAAUCAGUAACCCAGAUCUGUAACCGCUUAGACACAGCGUUUUUUCUUUAAUGAUAUAAUGUCAGAAAGAUAUCGGCCCUGCCUGUUUUUGAUAUAUGUCUGUGGUGAUGUUUUAAAACGCGAGUACGUAGUCAUGUCGCCAUAAAUUGAGUCAUCACUGUCCCAAUGUGUAGUGAGCCAGGAUCCUUACCAGUGUCCCAAAUUGGGUACAUACUGAUUCACGACCUAGGGAGCUGAUUGAGACGCACCCUGUAUUUAGCUGCAAAGCUUCUGUUGUAUGUAGCCUGUCGUGUGUUCCAUGCCGUGUUCUUCCAGUUCUUGUUUUGCUCAUUUUAUUAAUCUUGUUUUGACAUUGUUUGUUUUGUUUCUGUCUCACAUCAAAUAGGUCUGACAUCAAAUAGGCCAAUAACUAUAAGAACUCAGUAAUUAAUCGAAUAACUUGAUAAUGUUGGGUUGUGAUUUCCACCACUGUAAAAUAAUUUUUUUUUAAAAAUGCACAAAUAAAUUAGUUAAUCUAUCAAUUAAUUACUACUACUAAUAAUAAUAAUUAAUCAAUCAAUUAAUUACUACUACUAAUCACAUACUCCAUAGCUAUGUUUCUGUGACCCCGGGGUUAAACUGACCACACUUUGAGAACCACUGCUUUAAACCAUAGGCACAUUUUCUUUAUAGGAGAGUGCACUAAAUUAACAAAAACAUUGCCAUUAUUUUAUUAUUAAUUUCAAAUGCCUAAUUUCAUAGUUUUCAUGUAUUCAUUACAAUUCUAAAGUAGUAGAAUAUAGUAAUAAUGAAGAAGCUGCUUCUAUGUCCCAAUGUUUUGACUGGUAUGUCUUUUAUUUGACUGGUAUUUUUUUCCAUAGAGCUUAAGAGCAGUAGCAAAAGCCAGGGCUCAAUGCUCCUUGCAGGAUCCGCAGAUGUUUUCAGGAGCGCUGAUUGAUGAAGCCAAGCACGUGGGGAACCUGGCGUUCAGAGUGUGGGAGAAAAUGCAAGAGAUCGUUCAAUACACCUCUGUGAUUUUGGAUCCAAACACAGCCCACCCCGAACUCAUCCUUUCAGAAGACCUGACCAGUGUCCAGCGUGGUUAUGGAACACAAUACCUCCCUAAUAAUCCAGAAAGAUUUGAUCAAGUUUACUGCGUCGUAGGCUCCGAAACAUUUACCUCAGGCAUCCAUAGCUGGGAUAUUGACGUCACAGACGUUCCUGAUUGGGAGGUCGGUGUGACAACUGGAUUUAUCCCAAGGACUGGAAAAACUGACUUGGGUAGCGAAACCUGGAGUGUCAAGGCUUCUCAUGGUGAAUAUCUGGCACGGUUUUCAACAGCGGCAGCCUUUAAGCUCCAUCUUAAAGUCAGCCUACAGAAGAUCAGAGUUCAGCUGGACUUUCAGAGAGGAGAAGUGGAAUUCUCCGACCCUGUUACUGACACGCCAGUGUUUUCUUUCAGCCAUUCUUUUACCGAGGGAGUCUUUCCUUUCUUUAUUACUCCAUGCAAACUUUCAGUUCUGAGGAUAUUACCAUUACAUAUUGAUUAUAUACUGAAUACAGAACACGUUAGAGAGUGAGGCAAGUAGCUAAAGCAUUAAUCCAUGGAGUAAAAAAUGACAGAUGUAGUAUAAUUCUGCAUAGUACACAAAGUUUCCAGAGAAACAGAACAUUUUGGACAAAAGUCCUUCGUUAUCUGUGCAAAUAAAAUGCUUCUGAUGCUUUAGGUGAAACUAGUUGAUAUGUGAAAUGAUUAAUGCUUGAUAAAAUGAUCAACCAGUGCAAACUGACAUCCAGAAAUAUCCUUGGGAAAUAUUAAGAUAUGGGAAAUAUCCACAGAAAUAUUUCUGUGGGACAUGAAGUAAAAGAUAUAAGAAUUGUUUUCCUUGUGUGGUUUGGGUAGAAGAUAGAAGUACGUAUAAGUCCUGUUAAUACGUAUCGGCAUCAAUGUGGAUAUCAGGGGGAACCUAUGUAGAUGGUGAAUGAGUGAUGUUUCAGAUAUCAAAGACAGUCAUUUGCCAAAUAAAAAAAAGAUGCACACAAGAUGGCAGCCUUGUGCUUUCCAUUUCUGAUUAAGAGCAAAAUGAUAGGCUGCUA